CUGUUGUGUGAAUGCAGUGAAUUGGCAGCUCUGCGCCCGGAGGAACUGUUUCUCCACUUCUCCAGGCUCAUGGUCUGCUCUGGAGCAGCGAAGGUGCACCAAUGAUGCACUAUUCCAACUGGCUUAUUGACGUGAAAAACAGGGCAAGCCUUCGAAAUGCGUGUAAAACACCGCCUAACACGGACUGGAGUAACAGGGGGAAUACUGUGGACAUCCGAAACAACCCGCAGUCCGGUGGGAAAACAUCCGAGCUGAUGGUCACCACCCACCUCUGGAAGAGAGGCUACAAAACGAUCAAGAAAAUCGGGGAGGGCACAUUUUCGGAGGUGGUGAAAACUCAGAGCCUGAAAGACGGGAAGUUCUACGCCUGUAAAACCAUGAAGCAAACGAUUAACAGUCUGGAGCAGGCCAACAAUCUUCGAGAAGUCCAAGCGAUGAAGAGACUCAGCCCUCAUGCAAACAUCAUCCAGCUCCAUGAGCUCAUUUUCGACAAAGAAACUGGAACGGUGUCUUUGAUAUGUGAGCUGAUGGAGAUGAAUAUCUAUGAGUUCAUACAGGGAAGACAAACCCCGCUGCCCGAACACACAGUGAGAAACUACAUGUAUCAACUCUGCAAAUCACUUGAACAUAUGCACAGCUGUGGGAUCUUUCACAGAGAUGUGAAACCAGAAAACAUCCUCAUAAAACAAAAUGUGUUGAAGCUGGCCGACUUCGGCUCCUGUCGGAGUGUGUACUCCAAGCCUCCGCACACAGAGUACAUCUCCACACGCUGGUACCGGGCCCCCGAGUGCCUCCUCACCGACGGCUAUUACAGCCUGAAGAUGGACAUCUGGAGCACCGGCUGUGUCUUCUUUGAAAUCAUGAGCUUGAAUCCUCUCUUUCCUGGGACCAACGAGUUGGACCAGAUUGCCAAGAUCCACGACGUGUUAGGAACGCCCGAUCAAGCUCUUCUCCGGAAGUUCAAGCAGUCAAGAGCGAUGCAUUUCAACUUCCACCCAAAGAAAGGCACGGGCAUCUCACGAUUGAUCCCGAACUGCCCGGCUCCCGCCCUGUCGCUGCUUUAUCAGAUGCUCGCCUACGACCCCGACGAACGCAUCAGUGCGGAAACAGCUCUGCGACACACCUACUUCAGAGAGAUCCGGCUGGCGGAGAAGAAAGCCGAGACGCUCCACAGAGUUUCUGGGACAGUGGAUGGAGUCGGGGGCAGCGUGAUGCAGAACGCCUUCGAGCAUAUCUGGCGACCAACCAGACUUGGCAAACAGCUGAGGGGAAGACACACGAGACAAACGCCUCUAAUGAGCCACAACUCUAAGCAUGUAGCAGACGCCCUGAUGAGGAGGAACAUCCCCCACUACCCAGCAGAGCUGCCCAAGCUCAACGUGGUCCUGCCAGGGCCGCAGAUCACCUUCCCAGUGUCCACCAUGCCGGCAUUCAGCGUCACUCAGCGAGGCACACUGCCAGCCAUCACCUCCAAGAAGUGCCAGUCACAGUUGGCCAAGCCCCGGGAUGAGUCACACCAAGCAGUGUUCAAGACUUACCACAUGCCGCCGCUGGACAGGAAGCACGAAGGCUACUGAGAGCCAAAAAAAAACUGAAGUAUUAGAUUUGAAAAGCGCCUCUUGAA